AUGGAAGAAUUUGAAGAAUUUCGAAGGAAAGGGGAGAUGUCCAGCAGAUGUGGCAAUCACCGUGUGCUCAGAAAAUGGAAUAGUUGCGCUUGCGAGUUGGCCGUGCCCUUUGAGGUUCCUGAGCAUGCGAUUACGAAAUUGCACAUAUACGACUUCGACAAUACAUUAUUUGCAACGCCGGGUCCUACAGAGCAAUUGUAUACACGUGAGCUACUAAAUUUGUUGACAUCGAGCACGCUACCGAAUGGAGGCUGGUGGAAUGAGCCGGGGUUUCUGCAGGCUGCUAUUGAGAUCUCGAAGACUAAACCGAGAAGGUAUUCGUGGAAUGCGGAUAUCGUUAAAUUGGCGGAGGAGUCAUAUUCUGCCAAGGAUACUAUCUCGAUCGUUUUAACGGGCAGAGAGGAAAGUAAGUUCCAUAAGUUGAUUGAGCAUGCUUUACAGACGGCAAGGAGCCAUUGGAAAUGCUCAGAAAAUGAGUUUAGGUUCAAUGCAGUUUGCCUAAAAAAAAGAGCAAUUUCUGAGUACACUAGCAAAUAUAAAAAAGAGUUGAUGCGGGAUUUCUUAGAAUAUUAUCCCUCUCUGCGGGAGUUGUCCAUAUAUGAUGAUAGAAUACACCAAAUAGAUGCAUUCAAGUCUUUCUUCCAUUCUUUGGAUCUACCACGUCUGAAAUGGUCUGCGAUCCCCGUACGACCAUUCACCAAAUCGCUGCCAAGAGAGCAGGAACUUGAAAUGGUGAUGGACAUGGUACGAAAGAACAAUAGCCAAGCUCUCAGCACUUCACAAAAGUUUGAUUUAAGACGGACUCCAAGACAAAUUGGUUAUAUCCUUUGCACGGCAUCUCAUCGUCUAUUAUCAAUAGAGGUCAUCAAGUACUUAAAGCGGCGUAAGGGGAGAAGAACGUUCAGACCCAAGCUGUAUGAACAUCCCUUGUAUAUACCGUGCGCAGAACCCGGUAAAGAUAUCCCUGCACUUGAAAUCGCUAAGGUAUGGUCAAACAAUGACACUCGCACGUUUGAUUCUGAGAAGAAAGUACAGCAUAUUUCACAAAUUUUUUAUCUGGAACAGCCUGGGAAGUGCAUCGUACACUUCCAAGUCACAGACCUUGCCGUCAUCGCGUCGGCCCACCACAACAGAAGAAAGCCAUUGGAGGUUUAUUUCAAAGCCACACCCGAACCAAACAGAUACACUUUCACUCUCUUUCCAGAAUAUAUAGUCACUGGUCAUUUUUACAAAAGAGACCGAAUUGAAGAUUUAGAAGUGGUAACAGAGCGUCUAAUAAACUGCAAGGAAGAUAUUCACUGGGUUCCGUUAGACAAUACAAUACCAAUAAAGGCAUUUUUCGGGCGAUUUGCCAAGUUGGCAGCAAUACCGUGUUCCAAUGCUUAA